AUGGGCUCAAUUUGGUCAUGUGAUUUUGAUCAGCCUAGUUAGCUAACGGAUAAAAGUCAACAUUUCAUUCUGUACUAGGUACAUUUGUCGACUUUGCACAAUAAGAGUUAGACUAUAACUUAUAAUAAUGCUGUUGGUGUUAUCUGACGAACAUAAGGAGCACCUGGGGUUUCUGCCAGAGGUGGACUCUGCGGUGGUUGGUGAAUUUGGGCGAAUAGCGGUUGAGUUCCUGCGAAAGGGAACAAACCCUAAGAUCUAUGAGGGGGCUGCCAGGAAGCUGAGUGUUGACGCAGAGACCGUACAGCAUGGUGUGGAGGGACUCAUGUACCUGCUCACCGAGAGCUCCAAACUCAUGAUCUCUGAGGUGGACUUUCAGGACUCAGUGCUGGUGCUGGGCUUCACCGAGGUGCUGAACCAGCUGCUGCUGCAGCUCUACCUGGAAAACAGGAAGGAGAUCCGACAUAUCCUCGGUGAACUCACCCCCUCACUGCCACACUACCACAACCUGGAGUGGAGGCUGGACGUGCAGCUGGCCAGUCGUGCCCUCCGGCAGCAGGUUAAGCCUACAGUGACUAUGAAGCUGCACCUGGAGGAGAGUGGAGGAGAUAAGAACGCUAAGGUUCUACAGACUGACCCUGCCACCCUGAUGCACCUCAUCCAGGAGCUGGAGAAAGCCCUGGCUGAGCUCAAGACCACCCAUUGCCGCAGGAUCCUACGCAACAUCAAAUAGGGUCCUCUGACUGACACAACUAUUGUCCGUUAUUGAACUGGGACGUCACUGAUCUGGACGCGUGCAACAUCAAAUAGAGUCCCUUGGACAAAGAUUCCUGUGCAACAUCAAACAGGGUUCAAUUCCUUGACCCCGGAACCCUAUGUAAGAGCAAAUAGGGUCCCCCCCGACAUGAAAUUAUUUCUCAACAUUGAAUUGAGCACUGCCAGCAGAGGGCGCUACAUCUUACCCUGCAUCAGGAAUAGCAGGGAUAGGAAAUGGGCCGCUUUCACAUAGGAUAAACUUUGAUGCCAAAAAUGCUUAUGUCUCCUUGUCUCCUUUUUUACUCUGUUUGGAUCAAGACCCGUACCCACAGAGUGUCUCAGAGUAGGAGAGCUGAUCUAGGAUCAGUUUAGCCUUUUAGAUCAUAAUGAAUCAGAUUUAUAUGGACAGAUCCUAGAUCAGCUCUCACCUACUCUGAGACGCUUUGUGGACACAGGCCCUGGGAGAGCUGAUCAGGAUAAGUGAAAUAAAAAUGGCAGAGGCCACCUGGGGUAUGCUAUCACCUGUGCAGUUUUAUUCCGAUCAGGGAGGGAGACAAGGAGACGAGGCCACACUAAGGUGUUGACAUGUAGACGCGUAAAGGCACUGCAAUUGUAAUUCACUUAGCUAAUGGCUAUCUAAGUAGUUAAGCUAUCACAAUAACCAGAUCAGAAUUAGGUGGGAAGUUAUUUUGGGCAUUUCUAGUGUGGUAUGUUGAUGGAUAUUUUCUAACCUUGUGGAAACGCAGCACUUGGCAAAAGCCCUCAGUCGUAAUCAUGCAGUGCUUUUGCAUUGAAUUUGUAUUAGAGAAAACAGUUUGAGAUCAUUGUGAGGGGAUGUCGCCAGUGGUUGAAUGGGGAAUUGGGCAGCACUGAAAUGUUUUCUGACGUUGCAACAGUAACCAAGGAGGGGGCGGGCGUAGCGACGGGUCAAUUAUGGAGGAAGAUGAGGAGACGGUGAGAGAACACUGUGCUGUAUAAUGUAAAGGAUUCAGAAUGUCUUUCUGUUAUACAUCAAUUGUUAACUUUGUUUUGUUUUACUUCUGCGUGUCUGACUGAUGUAUUCUUCCAGGAUUUCUGAUGAUUUGAGUGGCUGAAUGUUACUUUGAAUUUUAUAAAGCAAAGAAGUUAAAAUGUU